CAGAAGAACUAUAUCAAGCUGGUUUCAUCAGCUACCCACGUACAGAAACAGACUGUUUCUCAGCAAGGACUGACUUGCAUGGGAUUGUGCAAGAACAACAAAGGCAUCCAGUGUGGGGUCCAUAUGCGCAACGGCUACUGGAUGCUGAAGCAGGACUUUGGAGAAAUCCUACUGGUGGUGGACACGAUGACAAGGCACAUCCACCUAUUCAUCCCACAAAAUUUUCUGGUGGAGAAUCUGGAUGGAGUCAAGACCACCAUCAGAGAUUGUAUGAGCUUGUUGUUCGCCAUUUUCUAGCCUGUGUUUCACAGCCAGCCAUAGGGGCUGAGACUACUGUUGAAAUUGAUAUUGCUGGUGAAUCCUUUUCUGCAUCUGGGCGUGUUAUAAUAGCUAAAAAUUACCUGGAUGUGUAUCGAUUUGAAUCUUGGGGAGGUUCAGUAAUCCCGACAUACGUUGUUGGACAACAGUUUAACCCAACGAUAUUGACUCUUGAUUCCGGUGUUACAAGACCACCCCCUCUAUUAAGUGAAGCUGAUUUACUGACUUGUAUGGAUAAGGCUGGCAUUGGUACUGAUGCAACAAUGCAUGAUCACAUAAAAAAGCUGCUUGACCGGUUCUAUGCAACUAAAGACCAGAACACUCGUUUCUCACCAACAAAUCUUGGUGAGGCACUGGUGAUGGGAUAUGAUGACAUGGGGUAUGAGCUCUGGAAACCUUACCUUAGAUCCAUGAUGGAGUGUGACAUGAAAGCAGUUAGCUUAGGCAGCAAGAGGAGAGCUGAAGUGUUGGAGACUUGCUUGCAGCAGAUGAAAGAUUGCUUCUUGGAUGCAAGGUUGAACAAAGCGAAACUUUUGGAAGCCAUGGGGAUUUUCUUUGAGAGAUCUAACCGACCAGGUAGAGAUGAGCAGAAUCUUGUUGUCGGUAUUGUUCGGCCAUGUGGUGCCUGCCAGGAAUCUAAUAUGGUGCUAAAACGAAAACCGGAUAGCAAUUUCAUGGUUGGAUGCAUGGGCUUUCCACAGUGUAGGAAUGUCGUUUGGCUUCCAGGGUCCAUAUCAGAAGCAGUUGUGACCUCUCAAGUUUGUAACUCUUGCACUCCAGGUCCUGUUUACAAGAUUCAAUUUAAGUUUCGUCGGCUUGAGAUACCACCAGAUUACAAUGUUGACCAUUUGGGUUGCAUUGGCGGCUGUGAUGAGACGCUUAGACAGUUGACAGAAAUUUGUGGAACAGGAGCCCACAAUCUUUCAAAUAUGUCAGCACGAGGGCAGGGACCAGCGGCAACUACUAGUAACUCCCAAAGAACCACUUCAAGGCAAGGAGCCUGUGCGCACUGUGGGCAAACUAGGCAUUCUUCAAAUAAUUGCUCUUCCCAGACUUCACGCUCCCAACGCAUUCAGCCUCGUGGAACAAACUUGCAAAGUGGAGAAUUUUCUAUCCCUUGUAACUUGUGUCAAACACCAUGCAUACUGCGAACUGCCAAUACAGCCAAUAAUAGGGGAAGGAAGUUCUACAAAUGCCAAUCACAGGAGUGUAAUUUCUUUAUGUGGGAGGAUAGCAUUGGCGAAAAUAAUAGUGGCAUAGGAGGAAGAGCUACUACACAUGCAAACAGCCGUUCAGCAAAUUCCAACUCUAGGUCCAGCAGAAGGGGGGGCCGUGGCAGGGGUGGACGAAGUGGAGGACGAACAACAGAAGUGAGGUUUGUGUCAGCAACUGGUGAGCCUAUUUCUGGUAGGAGCUGUUUUGUUUGUGGAGAUCCUUCUCACUUUGCAAAUGUCUGCCCUAAUCGAGGAACAUGACUUCACCUGCCUGUUCAAGCAAAUACCUGUAUGUCAUUGCCUUUUUUUUUGCAACGUUGAUGGCCUAAUACAUGCUGGAAAUACACUUCUUUAUAUUAAUAGGUGAAGAAGCAUUUACAGGAUUAAUACAGAGAUGAUUAAAUCC